AUGGAAAAAAUUAAAAGGUGCUUAAUUGCAGUUGGAAGCACAAAUUUCGAUGAAUUAAUAAGCGCUAUCGAUAACAAGCAGUUCAUCCAACAAUAAAACUAUAGAGGGGAGUAUGUGCCAAGCAGAUUACAAUCUGAGAAGAUUAAGGUCUAGAUUGAGAAAUUUAUAGUGCUUGACACUUUGAUAUAUGAAUCAGAUUUGGUGAUUUCUCAUUGUGGAGCUGGUAUAUUGCUUGAAUGUCUAAGAUCUGAUCAUGCUAUUUGUAUCGCUGUUGUAAAUAACACACUUAUGCAUAAUCAUCAGACAGAACUCGCUGAUUAAUUAUCAAAAGAGGGAUAUAUAUUCCAAGCUACUCCAUAAACAAUAGCUGAUAAAACAAAAGAAGUGAUAGAAAUAAUAAGGAACUCAACCUUAAAAGAUAUCAUUAAAUAAUAUCCCAAAGUUCAAGAAAAUUUGAUUGUCAACUUAAUUGAUGAAAUCCUAUUUUGA